AUGGGUGGAGAGAGGCCGCCGCCGAUCAGUACCGGCGGCGGAGCGGACGGCGGGGGAGCCUUCGCCUUCAUCUCCAAGGGGUGGCGCGAGGUGCGGGACACGGCGAGCGCCGACCUGCGGCAGAUGCGGGCGCGGGCCGACCGGGAGCUGGAGCACCUCCUCACGUCGGCGUCGGCGCUCGCGGGUCCGCCGCUGCCGCCGGUGGCCGCGGGGGCGCCCAUCGCGGAGGUGGAGUUCGUGCGGAAGCGGAUCCAGCCGAAGAUCAUGGAGCUGCGGAGACAGUACUCGUCGAUGGUGCACGAAGGGGGCUGGCCUCCCAAGGCCGGUGCCAGCCUCCGCGUCGACCUCUCGGGGAUUACGGCGAUCCGCAACGCCAUUGUGGCCGAGGGGAGACUCGUGCGGUGGAAGGGCCACACGGGCGACGAGAGGAGGAAGGAGUGGGAGGUGGUGAGUAUGAUACGGAGCGGGCUGAAGGAGUUCGAGCGCCGGAGUUUGUCGAGUGAUGUGCUUGGUGGGUUUCGUGGCCGCGGCGAGUUUGUGGAGAAAUUUAAGUUGAGCUUGAAAUCUCUGAACAAAGAGUCACAUGAAUCCAAGGAGGUUCUCCCGCUGGAUCUAACUGAAAUUUUGGCAUAUCUGGUGCGGCAAUCUGGACCAUUUUUGGACCAACUAGGCAUUAGAAGAGAUUUAUGUGACAAAAUAGCGGAGACAUUGUACAGUAAGCGCAAUGGCCGGCUCAUGUAUUAUUCUCAUUCAGCCGAUAGAUCUUUAAUUGGAAAUGAGAGCAUGAUUGAUGAGCUUGAUCUGAGAAUAGCAAGGGUUCUAGAAAGUACAGGCCAUCACACAGAGGAAAGUUUUUGGAAGGAUCCUGCAAAGUACAAGAGCUCAGACAACCGACGGCAUGUUGCAAUUGUCACAACAGCAAGCCUUCCAUGGAUGACUGGUACAGCAAUCAAUCCAUUGUUCCGUGCGGCAUAUCUAGCAAGAAGUACAAAACAGAAGGUGACACUGGUGGUUCCUUGGCUCUGUAAGUCAGAUCAAGAGCUAGUUUACCCGAAUAAUAUGACCUUCAGUUCACCAGAAGAGCAAGAAAAUUAUAUAAGGAAUUGGCUACAUGAAAGACUUGGUUUUGAAGCAAAUUUCAAGAUAUCGUUUUAUCCUGGCAAGUUCUCUAAGGAGAGACGCAGUAUUAUUCCUGCUGGAGAUACUUCACAAUUCAUUUCCUCGAGUGAAGCUGAUAUAGCAAUUUUGGAAGAACCAGAGCAUCUCAACUGGUAUCAUCAUGGAAAGCGUUGGACAGACAAGUUUAAACAUGUCAUUGGUGUAGUUCACACAAAUUACCUAGAGUAUAUCAAGAGAGAGAAGAAUGGUGCUUUUCAAGCUUUCCUUGUUAAGCAUAUCAACAACUGGGUGACUAGGGCAUACUGUCAUAAGGUUUUACGUCUUUCUGCAGCAACUCAAGAUCUACCCAGGUCCGUUAUCUGCAAUGUCCAUGGUGUAAAUCCAAAGUUUCUCAAGGUUGGUGAAAAAGUAGCAGCUGAUAGAGAGUGUGGACAGCAAACCUUUUCAAAGGGAGCAUAUUUUCUUGGGAAGAUGGUUUGGGCUAAAGGAUACAGAGAACUCAUAGAUUUGUUAUCCAAACACAAAAGUGACUUGGAGGGUUUUGAUAUAGAUGUAUACGGGAAUGGUGAGGACUCACAAGCAGUGCAUACGGCUGCUAGGAAAAUGAAUUUGCGCAUCAACUUUUUCAAAGGAAGGGACCAUGCAGAUUGUUCACUUCAUGGGUACAAGGUUUUCAUUAAUCCAAGUGUCAGUGACGUCUUAUGCACAGCAACAGCUGAGGCUCUUGCAAUGGGGAAAUUUGUUAUCUGUGCAGAUCAUCCAUCAAACGAAUUUUUCAAGUCAUUCCCCAACUGCUUAACAUAUAAAACUUCUGAAGAAUUUGUUGCCCGAGUGAAAGAGGCCAUGGCUAGUGAACCUUCACCUUUGACCCCUGAACAAAGGUACAGUUUGUCCUGGGAGGCAGCAACUGAGAGAUUCAUGGAGUACUCAGAGCUUGAUAAAGUUCUGAAUAACAGAAAUGGUUAUUAUGGACAAGAUGGGAAGAGAAGUAAAAUGAGAAAGAUACCUUUACUUCCCAAACUAUCAGACGUUGUGGAUGGGGGACUGGCCUUUGCUCAUCACUGUUUGACUGGCAAUGAGAUCCUCAGACUAGCGACAGGAGCAAUUCCUGGUACACGUGACUAUGAUAAACAGCAAUGCAUGGAUUUGAAUCUAUUGCCUCCCCAAGUUCAACACCCUGUAUAUGGCUGGUGAUGUCACGAUGCUUACAUUAAAUUAAUACAUAUAGUUGAAGGAUGUUUCUCAAUAGGUAUGUCAUAUGUGCAUAUUAAGUGAUAUCCAGCUCACCACUGACCAGAACCUGUAAUUAUUUAGUAUUCUUUUAGGGUCCGUAAGGAAUUUAUUAUGUUUAUACUCUUUGCUUGUAAAUACAUCCCCUUUUCGCCCCUAAAUAUUUUAGGGUUAUUAGCAGCGAUAUGCCUGUAUGUUGUUUCCUUUUUUCUGACAUAAACGAAUUUAAUGAACGCUAAGUUCAUUAGUUCAAAUUCUUUUUGUGAGCCUUUUGUUUUAGC